AUGUCUUUUCAAAGAAAACUAAAUACUCUAGCAUUACAUAAAGCUCUGAAAGAAAAAUGCAAAGUUGUGGGGUGUAAAAAACCAAAAAGAGUCAGCGGGCACUGCAAAACUCAUGAAGUUAUGUCAUUUUUAGACCACCUCAGAAAAAACUUUAAAAAGCUGUUUGGGAACUUAGACGCAGGACUUGAAGCAUUAAAAAAAGAAUCUGGCCCUGAACUGACCUCAAAAGACCUUUGCUCUUUUCUAAAUUUCCUUAUGAUUUCGUAUUCUAACGAGCACGUGGUCAGUCUUUUUGAAACAUUAGGGAAGAAAAGCUAUAAAAAUCUGAAUUUUGUGAUUGAUUUCAAAAAACUCAAAAAUCAUAUGGAAAAAUCAAGGCAGAAAUACUGGAUGUUGGAUGAAGUCAGUGAAAAAUACUCCAGCUAUAAAGAGAGCUUACAAACGCUUAUCAAAGAAGCUGACAAUGAAAGAUCUGAUGAUUCUAAUCUAUUUAAUGAAAGAAAGCGAAAUUUUCCAAUAGAAAUAUCUAAAAGAUCUUUCCUCAGCGAAAAAAAUGAAUUUGAAGGGCUUUUUGCUAUUAUAAAAAUGGCGACCUAAGCGCGCUUGAAAUUUUCUAAAUCUUAUAGCUAAGAGAGAAAACCAGUCGAAAUUCGGGUCUGAUAUGGGUUUAUGUAUUUUAGGGAGGUUUUGUCUUAGUUUCUGUGGUUGGAAUGAAGUAGCCUGGCAGCGCCAUUCAGGACCGAAGGUGGAUCUCAUAGUAAUAUCAGGGAUUGCGGCCUGCUGAGGGAUUACAACUUUCUCCUGUGGCUGCAGAGAGCAAGCACCAGCACCUACUAGACUCCAGGGUUUUCUCCCUGGAUCAAGCUACUAUCCAAAUCGCCCGAUACAGGGCCCGCAGAAGUCCAUAGUCCGCCACUCAACACUAGGGCAGCGAAGAAGGAGGAGUUCUCAGAGCGCUAAACUCAGAUCUCCAUGGAAUCAAGGUCAGGAGAAGUAGCAGCCAAGCCAUCUCAACCAUUCAAAUGUCUGACAGGGGAUGUCGAAAAGCGGAUGAACCCUCAAGGGUCCUUGAUGGCUGAGUAAUAGUUAGGCCUACUAAUAAUUUAAGAUUAAAAGGGCUUUUUCCCUCAAAACUCUAAAGACGAAAGUGAAAUGACUGAUAGGAUCGAUGGCCUGGCUAUACUCGGCAAAGAGUCUGAUGGUGAGCUAUUUUCUCCAAAAAGUCAGCCAAAUCGUGAUUUAUCCAAAGAAACUAAUUUAUUUAGCCCAAAAGAAGAAGAAAGCGACGAAGAUUAUUAUGUGAGCUAUUUUAAGGAAAAAUUAAAAGAAAAAUUUGGCGGAUUUGAAGAAGCAUUUAAUACGAUGUCGAUAAAUUAUAUAUCAGUGGGAUAUUUUGAAAUUUUGCAUGAACUUAAAGAAUUUGAUAUGGUUGCUGAUGACCCACAUGUGAAGCAGAUUAUAAUGAUGGCUGGGGAUCAGAAAAAAGGGGUAAUUUAUUUGCAGACGUUUAAAGAGUUUUGGCUGGGGAAAAGGCAUUUGUGCAAUUUCUCGUCAUGUACUAAGAAUGCGAUAGAGAAUGGUGAUUAUUGUUUUAUUCAUCAAAAAAUAUCAAAUAAUAAAGCGUCGAGCUUGCUAGGGAGGAUUAAACUUACUUCUUUUUUUUUUUAAUUAAUUAUUAAAUUUUUUUUUGUAAAUUACUACUGAUUUUUUUUUAUUCCAGCCCAAAAAGUUAGGACUAAUUCAUGGAAAUCUCCAAGGCAAACCAAGCAAUUUUUCAACCAGCUUGAGCAAAAUUCCCAUGAAAAAAGCUUAAACUCUUUAAAAAACCAAGUCUCCCUCGUAAUGACCAGAAGUGAGGUUACUACAAAAGACAUUAGAAGCUUAAAAGUGUUUAUGAAUAACCAUACACCCAAAGAAAUUGAGCAAAUCCCUUCAAGAAUUUCUUUACCCAGCCCAAGAAACAAAUUCCUAGAAAUUGCUCCAAAUUCAACAAGAAAUACAAGCAUAUCGACGCCUCGUGUAUUUACUCCUAAAGGUGCUGGCUAUUUUUGCCGACAAAUAAAAUCGGCUGGUCUGAGAAACCGGCAAUGCAAAGGUAGCUUUAUUGUGACUAAUAAAAAUUCAUAA